UUCUCUCUAUGUGUGGAGUUCCGGUUGUCAACAACAAUGCAGUGUCACCUACUGUCCGAUAACGGAACUACUACAAGAAAAAUAAAUGUUUCAAUGCCUCCAUUGUAGGAUAUAUUUUUCUUUUUAUAAGGAUGGCCGUCUUGACAUCAGCUUUAGUUACUUUUAUCUGCUGGAUAAGUCUUGGUAAUGUAAGUGGAAAUGAAAAGAUUAACUCAGACAACAUCACUCUCAUUUUGGAUCGACUUUUGGAUGGAUAUGACAACAGAUUGCGACCUGGAUCUGGAGGUGGCGUCACAGAGGUGAAAACAGACAUAUUUGUCACCAGCUUUGGACCUGUUUCAGAUGUUGAGAUGGAGUACACCAUGGACAUGUUUUUCCGUCAGAUGUGGGUUGAUGAGCGACUCAAAUUCGAAGGCCCCACAGAAAUCCUGCGGCUGAACAACCGCAUGGUGGACAAGAUCUGGACGCCAGACACGUUCUUUCGAAACUCAAAGAAGUCUAUUUCCCAUAACACGACCACGCCUAACAAACUCUUCCGCAUCAUGCAGAACGGGACUGUCCUUUACACAAUGAGACUGACAAUCAGUGCAGAGUGUCCAAUGAGGCUGAUGGACUUCCCCAUGGACGGCCACGCUUGCCCCCUCAGAUUUGGAAGCUAUGCCUACACAAGCAGUGAAAUCUUGUUCACUUGGAGGAAGGGGCCAAUAGCUUCUGUCGAGUGCCCCUCGGAGUCCAUGAGUCUUCUGCAGUAUGAUCUUGUGGGACAGACGUUGUCCAGUGAGAUAUUCAAAACAAACACAGGUCACUACUGUGUGCAGGUGGUCCAUUUCCACCUCCAGAGGAAGCUGGGCUACUAUCUCAUACAGACGUACAUCCCUCUUAUAAUGGUUGUUGUGCUGUCACAAGUCUCUUUUUGGAUCAACAAAGAGUCUGUUCCUGCACGUACAGUUGCAGGCAUCACCACAGUGCUGACCAUGACCACUUUGAGCAUCAGUGCCCGUGAGUCACUUCCUAAAGUAGCCUAUGCAACCGCCAUGGAUUGGUUCAUUGCCGUGUGUUUUGCCUUUGUGGCGUCAGCUCUCGUCGAGUUUGCAGCAGUAAACUACUUUGCCACCCUUCAAGCCAACCGCCUAAAGAAGAAGAAAGAUAGACAAGACAAGCUUGAGGUGUUGGCUACCGGCAGUGAGGAUGACGACACAGUUUCGUUGGACAGCAGCCCUCAGGAAGGCCUGAAGAGAAGAAACCACUCAGUGUGUCGCAGUGAGCUAGGAAGUGCUCCGCCUGUGCCGAUUUUCCUCCAGCAGGGUUCAGCUUUCCCUCAAAUCCCACAGCUGGCCGGCACUAGCCCUAUUGACGCAUACGCUCGCAUCCUCUUCCCCCUGGCCUUCGCCCUCUUCAACCUAGUGUAUUGGUACAUCUACCUGGCCAAGGACACCAUGGAGAGUGCCAGGGACGUGAAACUUCAAAACUAAGAGGGACCUGGAAAAGGGUACGUGCAGCUGGAGAGACCUUCAGCAUCCAGCCUCGCCUCACCCUCCUCUGUGUCUGUGUGAACAAGCUCUCAGCAGUCACUCUGCUCUCAUCUGACAGAGGAAAUGAAUCAGAAACUCAUUUAUUCUCCUGCCAUACAUCUAUUCAUUUCACAGGCUGUGACCACUGCCCACUUGUGUUCUGAUCAGCAGCUGAAGAGCUGCCCUUCACGGGCCCCAAUCACUUUAAAGCCCGCCACGUACACACAACAACUUCUCAGGGGCCCCCGGACCGAGACAGAUGCCACACACACACAUACAGUAUGCAAAACACACACACACACACACACACACACACACACAUACACACACAAACCAAGAAACACAUCAAAAAGAAGUGGAUGAUAUAAUCUAUGGUGGCUGUAACUGGUGGUGAUGCAACAGUGAACCAAUGCUUUCAGAAGCCUGCCCUCUACAGAAGCACAGCUCCCACUACAACAAGAUCAAAGGCAAUUUAGAGGAGGCUCGCAUCCCUCCCCACAGCUUCAAAAAUGUACUCAAACCUGAGAAAAUGAAUUGUGGGAUUGUGUUUUCCAUCCCACCUCUCUGCUCUGGCGCUCUGGUGCUCCCUUUGCAUUUCCAGAUCCACUGCAGGUCCUCUGAAAACACUGCAGGGAAGACUAGGAUAUAAUACCCAUGGGUGUUGAUGACAUUAAUUUUCUAUCUUUGUACGGAUGAUGCGUGACUUGGGUACAGAUGUUUGUGUCCACCUGUGAUGGGUAGAUUGAUGUUCUCUUUUUAGCCACUUAACAUGACCUGUAACAACAACUGAACUAAUAAACUUGAUCUUAACUUGACAUGUUGGCCACUUUCACCCUGCAGUGCAUCCCAUUGUUUGACCUUGUAAGGAUAUAGACAAACCUGACUGUCAUGUAAUGAACAUGAGAAUAAAAA